AUGCCUGCCUCCGGCAAUGCCAACGACCCUGAUGAGACCGUCCCGUACAGUAAACGCCACGGCAAAGAACUACGCCCGCCGACUCCAGCGCUCACCCUCCCGUUCCCACCGAACUCACACGAGGAUAGGCGCCUACAUCGCGAACAGUUCCGCGAGCGCUACGCGACCGACAAGGCCGACUUCGAGCAGCGUCUAGCUGCACGCGAAAUUCAACAGGCGCGCAAACGGAUCCUCGCCGGUCCAUCAAAGCCGACACUCAAGCAGCGUCUCGCUGCCAUCCCACCGAUGACACAUACGCCAAUCACCCCGAAGCCAAUACUCAUCGACUUCGAUAAGCACACUCCCGCCGACCUCGUCCACAUCUUCACACCGAAGUUCGACGGCACACUCAAACGCCUCGACGUCUUCGAGACUCUCGAGCUCAACGACCUCAACUUCGACCGACUCACGCGCAUCAAGCGCUGCCUAGCGGACAUCUGCAACGUCGUCAAAUACGAGGAGUGGCGCAAGUGGGAAUUAGGGUGUAGAGAAAUAGGGGAUAUCUCGUCCAAAGGGCUACGCAAGAACAAAGCCCAGAUUGUACAAGCGCUCAGCGCAGUUUACGUGAACGGAUAUUUUGACGCGGUUAGGUUUUAUGAGAACAAGUAG